CGUAUCUUUGCGUUGCUUGAACGACGAAAGCUGACUUCCGGUUUCGAGGUUUAACUACGGAGUUAUGAAAUUAUUGGUAAUAACAGUAUUCCGCUUCUAUGGUGUUGGUUGUUAAUAACUGAGAAUAUGUAGAGCGAAUUGGAAGCCUCAGUUACGCAGAAAAUAAUAUUGUAAUUCGCUGGUCGUAGCCGGUGCUGGAAUCCUAUAUCCACAGGCAGCAAAGGCACGUUGCGGACAGAAAAAAAGAAGUCCUUCAGGAAGGCUGAUUGAUGAAAACCAAGAAAACUGAAUUGUUGGACUGUAACUUAUACUGGAUACCCUAAGUAGGUCAGUAUGAGUCUCCUACAAGUCAGUAGUAGUGACAGUGAGACUGGUAGUUUUAAGAAUGGGACUUGUGCUGCCAUGGCAAGUGCUUGUUAUGCUGCAUCAAAAGAGGAUAGUGUAAGUGGCACUGGCUACCAAGGAGGAUCGUUCUGCCACAGCUCCUCACUGGAAGAAACUCAAGGCUAUGAUGUUGAAUUCGACCCACCUCUAGAAAGCAAGUAUGAAUGUCCAAUCUGCUUGAUGGCCCUGCGGGAAGCUGUUCAAACCCCCUGUGGACAUCGGUUUUGUAAAGGAUGCAUACUCAAAUCAAUCCGAGAUGCAGGCCCAAAGUGCCCAAUUGACAAUGAAAUACUUUUGGAAAACCAUCUUUUCCCAGACAACUUUGCAAAAAGAGAAAUCCUGUCUUUAACAGUAAAAUGCCCCAAUAAAGGUUGCCUUCAGAAAAUGGAGUUAAGACAUUUGGAGGAGCAUCAAGUUCAUUGUAAGUUUGCAACAAUGGAAUGUAUCCACUGCCAGUGUUUUUUCUUAAAAAAUGAAGAGUUUGAACACCAAACACAGCACUGUCCACGUCGAAAGGUGUCCUGUGAAAACUGUGCCUUGCAGAUGCCUUAUGAUGAGACCGAGAUUCACAACCAAACAUGCCCACUAGCAAGUGUGAUUUGUGAAUAUUGCAGUGCAGAACUUAUUAGAGAACAGAUUCCUAGUCAUUAUAAUGUAGACUGUCCAAGGGCUCCAGUUCCUUGCAUAUUCAGCUCUUUUGGCUGCCCUGAAAAGAUGCAGAGACAUGAGUUGGCUAGCCAUAUGCAAGAAUUCACUCAAGUUCAUUUGCGGAUGAUGGCUACUUUCCUACAGGGUCUUAACCUAGGAAGCCUUCCCACCAUGCCUUCACCUAUGCAUGCCUUGGAACCCUUACGGUUUGAAGCACUGACUUCUGGAUCUUCUCUUCCACAGUCUUCUCUUCCACAAUCUUCCUGUGACUGUUCUCCAACAGUUUACAACCUCAGAGAGACUAUCCAGCAACUAGAGGGACGGCUGGUGCGUCAGGACCACCAGAUUAGAGAACUGAUUGCCAAGAUGGAGACCCAAAAUACAUUAGUCGCUGAGCACAAGAAAACUAUUCGAACCUUGGAAGAAAAAGUGGCAGAACUUGAAGCACAGCAGUGCUCUGGUAUUUAUAUAUGGAAGAUAGAGAAUUUUAGUAUGUAUAUGAGAUUACAAGAAAAUGACCAACAAGUUGUGUUGCACAGUCCUGGCUUUUAUACAGGUAAACCUGGCUAUAAACUGUGUCUUCGCCUCCACCUUCAGCUUCCAGGUGCCCAGCGUUCUGCCAACUAUUUAUCACUGUUUGUCCACACUAUGCAGGGACAAUAUGACGGCUAUCUCCCAUGGCCAAUUCAAGGUACCAUACGCUUGGCUAUAGUCGACCAGUCAGAAGGACCAGCAAAACAAGACUUUGUAGAAAUAAUGGAGACUAAACCUGAUCUUCUUGCUUUCCAGCGGCCUACAAUACCACGCAAUCCAAAGGGGUUUGGUUAUGUAACUUUCAUGCCUCUGCAGGCUCUUAAGCAUCAUACUUAUGUCAAAGAUGAUACCCUUAUAGUACGUUGUGAAGUCUUGAUACGUCAGGAUAUGAACUGCUUACGAAGAGAGGGUUUCCAGCCACGUAGUACUGACAAUGUAUAGUUUUUUGUUUUGUUUUCUUUUUGUAUGGUGAUUUUUAUGUAACACCUUCCUCUGGCUCUUUAAACAAUGAUAUUAGUCAUUGCAUCCUACAACAAAGCCUUUUAAGCAUUAAUUCUGGUUAUCACUCCACUUUGUGGACUUUCAUAUCUAGCACAUUUAAAUAAAAGAAUAGAGUAGCUAGUUAAGUAAUUUUAAA